CGCGCCGUCACGUGACCGUGGCCGCGCCUGGGAGAUUCGGGUGGCCCGGCAAGAUGGCCGCGCACCUGUCGUACGGGCGGGUAAACCUGAACGUGCUGCGCGAGGCGGUGCGCCGCGAGCUGCGCGAGUUUCUGGACAAGUGCGCGGGGAGCAAGGCAAUAGUGUGGGAUGAGUACCUAACAGGACCGUUUGGACUGAUUGCACAGUAUUCGCUGCUAAAGGAACAUGAAGUGGAAAAGAUGUUCACACUUAAAGGAGGCCGUUUGCCAGCAGCUGAUGUCAAGAAUAUAAUUUUUUUGGUCAGACCCAGGCUAGAAUUGAUGGAUAUAAUUGCUGAUAAUGUACUCAGUGAAGACAGACGUGGCCCCACCAGGGAUUUCCAUAUUUUGUUUGUGCCACGCCGGAGCUUGCUGUGUGAGCAGCGGUUGAAGGACCUGGGUGUUUUGGGAUCUUUUAUUUAUCAAGAGGAAUACAGUUUAGAUCUCAUUCCAUUUGAUGGAGACCUCUUAUCCAUGGAAUCAGAGGGUGCAUUCAAAGAGUGCUACCUAGAAGGCGACCAGACAAGCCUGUUCCACGCAGCCAAGGGGCUGAUGACCUUGCAGGCGCUGUACGGUACCAUCCCCCAGAUCUUUGGGAAAGGAGAGUGUGCACGGCAAGUGGCCAAUAUGAUGGUCAGGAUGAAGAGGGAGUUUACAGGAAGCCAAAACUCAGUGUUCCCCGUGUUUGAUAACCUGCUGCUCCUUGACCGCAACGUGGAUCUGCUAACGCCACUUGCCACCCAGCUCACAUACGAGGGGCUCAUCGACGAGAUUUACGGCAUUCAGAACAGUUAUGUGAAGUUACCUCCAGAGAAAUUUGCACCCAAGAAGCAGGGCGGUGGCGGGAAGGAACUUCCCACAGAGGCAAAGAAGCUUCAGCUGAACUCUGCAGAGGAGCUCUAUGCCGAGAUCCGAGACAAGAACUUCAAUGCUGUGGGCUCGGUGCUCAGCAAGAAGGCGAAGAUCAUCUCUGCGGCCUUUGAGGAACGCCACAACGCCAAGACAGUCGGGGAGAUUAAGCAGUUCGUGGCCCAGCUGCCCCACAUGCAGGCAGCCAGGGGAUCUCUCGCCAACCACACCUCAAUUGCGGAGUUAAUCAAAGAUGUCACCACGUCUGAAGACUUCUUUGAUAAGCUAACAGUGGAGCAGGAGUUCAUGUCUGGGAUAGACACUGAUAAGGUCAACAAUUACAUCGAGGACUGUAUUGCCCAGAAGCAUCCUCUCAUCAAGGUGCUGAGACUGGUUUGCCUGCAGUCUGUGUGCAACAGUGGGCUCAAGCAGAAGGUUCUGGACCACUACAAACGGGAGAUUCUCCAGACCUACGGCUAUCAGCACAUACUGACUUUGAACAACCUGGAAAAGGCUGGUCUGCUGAAGGCCCAGACUGGGGGCAGAAACAAUUACCCAACAAUCCGGAAGACGCUACGCCUCUGGAUGGAUGAUGUCAAUGAACAAAACCCCACAGACAUAUCCUACGUGUACAGUGGCUACGCGCCACUCAGUGUGCGGCUAGCUCAGCUCCUGUCCCGGCCGGGUUGGCGGAGCAUCGAGGAGGUUCUCCGCAUCCUCCCGGGGCCUCACUUUGAAGAACGGCAGCUGCUGCCCACUGGGCUGCAGAAGAAACGCCAGCCAGGAGAAAACAGAGUCACGCUGAUAUUUUUCCUCGGAGGUGUCACCUUUGCUGAAAUAGCCGCCCUACGUUUCCUCUCUCAGCUGGAAGAUGGCGGCACUGAGUACGUCAUUGCAACCACUAAACUGAUGAACGGGAGCAGCUGGAUAGAGGCCCUCAUGGAAAAGCUGUGAGGUGUUCAGAGACGGGACAGGUUACCACAGAACGAGCUGCUUCUGGGUGCAAAAGGACAUAAAGCCAAGACGCAGGAGGACAACAGCUACAGGCUCGCGUCUGCUGCUGCUUCCUCCUUCCUCCUGCUCUCUGUGCUCCUCAUCUCAAAGAAAGGAGAGUUAGCUUGGGUAAAGAGACACUGAGCUGGCCAUGGGGGCUCAUGCCUAUACUCGCCACAUUUAAGAGACAGAAGCAGGAAGACUGCUGCAAGCUUGAGGACAGCAUGGGCUACAUAGUGAGUCCCAAGCAAAAGCCCUUUCUUCCCAUAAUAAAGGAAAUCCUGUUUUGAAUUUUUAAGCUUAAAGUCUUCAUUAGCAGCUUCUGGAAAUAGUUAAGAAUGUGGGAAUGAUAGCCCCAACAGCCACGUGAAUGUGCAGCCUUUAAAAAGCAGAGGCUGAGGGGCUAGAUAGGAAAACAGAAGUGGGAAGUGUGACUUCUGACCCACAGCAUUUUGUUCUGGAAGAUGCGCUGUGCCCAAGAUAGUGGUUUCGUGUUGAGGAUAAGCCAGUGCCGUUGAGUAUUUGCCCUUUCCUGCAGAUAAGAGCACAUUCAUGUCUACCGACGGGAUCGCAAGGCAAGCUUUGUUUCCUUCUGAAAAACAGACGCUUGAAGGCGCAUCUUGGCGUAACAGAGUUUCUGCUGUCUGACUCAGCUGGUAGGUUCUCUGCCCACAAUGGACUCCGAUGAAGAGUGAACUGACCCCCAGGCAGCUUCUGCAGACUGACCGUUCGAAGGCACGGCUGAGCGUGUGCACGUUGUUAAUGCCGAGACCGGCAGUGGAGAUGCCGCUGUUGGGGCUCUGUGUCCUUUCAUGUCCAUGUGGGCCCAGCAUCCAGCUGGUCCCAUCGUGAGCGGACAUUGCCCAGGUCCCAUCCUAGGUGUGGUUUCUGUGGUUAAUAAUUUUCCUCUCACUUUUUUCAUGUAGAAUUGGGAACAAUCUACUUCAUGUUGUAAGUGAAAGGCAUUGUGUAUUUAAAAAAUAAAACAACUUAGGAAUGAAGGGCGGCAAAGACAACAUUCGUUUCUCCUGGAGUUAAUUCAGCCUUGCAGGGUGGAGGGACGGGGCACUCCUAAUGGGAACAUCCUUGCAUAGAAAUGUUUUUCUCGUUCUUGUUAUUCCGGGGAGGUUAGUUUUUACCUUUGAGCCCCAGCAGUGGUCUCAGCUGCCAGAGUCUGCAGCCCACCUCAUCCGCCAUGCUUUCUACUCCCGGGAUUUGGUGCAGGUCCGCUGAGGUCUCCUUGGCUGGGGUGUUUGUCCAGUGAGCAGAGAUUCAGUUGUUGCUGAGUCUGUAUUUGCUUGCCCAGAGCAUAGCAAGGUCAGCGUCUAAAAAUGUACCCAGCAGAAGACCCUUUUAAAAACCACACACUUGCUUCAUGUGUAUACAAAUAGAAAGCGGUGGUAAGCGUUUGAUGUAAGUUCUCUUAGUACAGAGCUGUCUUUGUCUCCUAAGAGCGUACUCUGAGAAAGGGUGUUGGAAUGGAACACGUACUCUAAGAGAGGGUGGAUUGCUUACACCAUGUGUGGACUUUGUUGAGUUUGUUUGAUGACCACUUUGCUACACCAGCUGUCCCCAUUAAAGACAUCUACACAGAU